AUGGACAAGCUUUCCAGUGGGGACAAUUCGACUGUGGUGAACAGCUCCUUAGACAGGUGGUUCUUCAAUGAACGAGGGUCGUACCAACACCUGGACCCUGAGGAGCUGAAGUUUCUGGUGCCGGCCAUUCUGGGAGUCAUUUGUAUCCUGGGACUGGCAUGUAACCUUACGGCAAUGGGCAUCUUGGUCUCAAAUGCUCACAAGGGCAAACUCUCUCUCAUCAACUCCCUCAUCUUCAAUCUGAUGUUUGCUGAUGGGCUGGUGCUUGCAUUCACAGUACCGUUUCGGGCUGCUGCCUACUCAAAGGGCAGCUGGACGCUCGGCCGGGUGCUAUGCAAGACGGCUGACUGGUUCCUCCAGUCCUGCAUGGCAGCUAAGAGCUUCACGGUGGCAGUCAUGGCCAAAGCCUGCUAUCACUAUGUGUCCAACCCCACCAAGCAGGUGAGCAUCCAUCUAGGGUCAAUCUUGGUGGUGCUGCUCUUCACCUGGCUGUCUGCCUGCUCUGUGACCAUCCCUCACUGCCUGUUUGCUACGCUGCAAAGGAAAAGUCGUGGACUGGUGUGUAUGCUGAUGGUGCCAUCAGAGGCCAGGAACUUCAUGUUUGUGUACAUUAAAGCGUACCCCUUGGGGGUCUUCUGCGCCCCUCUGAGUUUUGCGCUGCUGUAUUUCUGGAAGGCUUAUGGCCAGUGCCAGCAGCGUUCCAGCAAGACCCAGAACCUGCGCAUGCAGAUCAGGUCCAGGAAACUCACCUUAAUGCUCUUCAGCUUGACUGUGGCCAUGGCCAUCCUCUGGCUUCCACAAUGGGUAGUGUGGGUGUGGGAGCGUCAACUGGCUGAGAAAGCGAACGAAGGAACUCAGCCCCUUUCCUUCUCUUCUCCUCCCUUUUUUCUCUCCCUCUCUGCUCAGCUGCUCACAUUCUGUCUCUCGCUGGUGAACCCGCUCAUUGUUCUCUCCCUCUCCGAGGAGUUCAGAGAGGGCUACCAAGGGCUAUGGAGGAGGCUCACCCUGCGCAAGCAACCCCCACCGAAGCCAAAGCCCGGACCCCACAACCCCACCAGCAUGCAGUCACCCCGCCCCAGACCAGAGACCUCAGCUCAGCUGAGAGAGGACCAGGACUUCUCCUCCAACUCCAGCCAGGUCCAUCGGAGAGAAUCUCAGCCCCAGCCAGAGCAAAGUGAAGUCAAGGAGGCAGAGAGGACGAGCCUCAAAGAUGGGAUCGUCUUGCCUGAUGUGGAGCAGUUUUGGCACGAGAGAGAGACAGGAUCGCUCACGGAGGAAAAUGAUCCUAUACCUUGGGAGCACCAGAGCAAGUAG